CCCGCUGCCCAGACGCUUCCGCUCCGUCCGUCCGUCCGCACGUCGGCCCCGCCUCCCAGACUACCCUGUUGGGACGCACCCGCAAGCUGGUAUGCAGGGCUCGGUCUCCCUGCGCUCCUGGCUGACGGUGUGACCUUGGGUCUUAGCCAUGAACUCCUCUGGAGAAGGAAGGCAGGAAGCAGCAGGGCCCAGGGCUAGAAGGACCCUCAGACCCCGGGAACAGGACCGAGACGUGCAGCUGUCCAAGGCUCUAUCAUAUGCCCUGCGCCACGGAGCCUUGAAGCUGGGGCUUCCUAUGGGAGCCGAUGGCUUUGUGCCCCUGGGCGCCCUCCUGCAGUUGCCCCAGUUCCACCGCUUCUCUGCUGAAGACGUGCAGCGCGUGGUGGACACCAACGGCAAGCAGCGAUUCGCCCUGCAGCCUGGGAAUCCCAGCACUGGUCCCCUCAUCCGGGCCAACCAGGGCCACUCCCUGCAGGUACCUGAGUUGGAGCUGAUGCCUCUGGAGACACCACAGGCCCUGCCCCCGGUGCUAGUUCAUGGUACAUUCUGGAAGCACUGGCCAUCCAUCCUACUUAAGGGCCUGUCCUGCCGGGGAAGGACGCAUAUCCACCUGGCCCCAGGACUGCCUGGAGACCCCGGUGUCAUCAGUGGCAUGCGGCCACACUGUGAAAUAGCUGUGUUCAUCGAUGGACCCCUGGCCCUGGCAGAUGGAAUACCCUUCUUCCGCUCUGCCAAUGGAGUGAUUCUGACUCCAGGGAAUACUGAUGGCCUCCUGCUUCCCAAGUACUUCAAGGAGGCCCUGAGGCUACGCCCUACCCGAAAGCCCCUUUCCUUGACUGGUGAUGAAGAGACAGAGUGUCAGAGUGGCCCCAAGCACAUCUCCAGAGGAAGGGGGAGGAUCCAACAAUAAAAUAUUAAUUUAUGAAAAAGAAA